AUGCGACCAGCGGCACCAACUUCUAACGCUUCUGCUCUACCAUCAGAGACUACUGAACAGAGAGACUUGGAGAAGUGCAAGAACUCGGAACGAACGUCAAGUAGCAUCGACACCCAUGCCAUAGACUGGGCACUACAGAACGAAUACGCUCGAGAAGGCGGUGUUUCGGGCUGGACAUGCGUCCUUGGAUCCUUUUUUGCACUGUUUUGUACUUUCGGUUGGCUCAACUCGUUGGGCCUCUUCCAAACGUAUUACGAACAAACCCUCCUCAAACAGUAUGCAGCCUCAACGAUCUCAUGGAUCUUCACAUGUCAACUUUUCUUCAUGUGGACUGGGGGAGCCUUCUUCGGUCGCAUCGUUGACACUCACGGCACGCGAUGUGUUGCCAUCCCCUGCGCCAUUGGCUGCACUCUUUCGGUCCUCUCGCUAAGCUUUUGUACCUCAUACUACCAGAUAUUCCUCGCCCAGGGUGUAGGUUUCGGUAUCUCUGCUGCAGGAUUAUUUUCCUGUGCAACGACUUCAGUUGGACAGUGGUUCAACAAGCGGAAGGCUCUGGCUUUGGGAAUUGUCCUUGCUGGUAGCAGUCUGGGCGGUGUCAUUCACUCUCUUUACCUCCAUAUUCUUAUUCAGAAAGUCGGCUUUCCAAGUGCAGUACGAUGGAGCGCUCUCGUUGUGGGAUUAACAGGCGCUUUGGCGUGCACACUCAUCCAUCCACGGUUGCCAAAAAAGAAAUGGCAAUCGCACGUCUAUUUCCUCGAUUUCUGUCUCUUCAAACAACCCACGUUUAGUGUAUACUGUGUUGGCACAUUCUUCGUCAUCUGGGGUCUGUUUGCCCCUUGGAACUACCUCCCAUCAAUGAGUCUGAAUCAUGGAUUCACAGAAGACCAAGCAAUAUACACCAUCAUUAUACUUAACGGCGCAUCCAUCGUAGGCCGUAUUCUUCCCGCCUAUCUGGCCGAUCGAUUUGGAAGAUUCAACUCCGUAUCCCUCAUCUCGCUUGUCACAACAAUUGCAUUCCUCGCGUUUUUGUUACCGCUGGAGCUCAAGAGAAACCCAACAAGUACCCAGAUCUUUGCCUUCAGCGCAUUCUAUGGCUUUGCCAGCGGUGCAUUCAUCAGUGUGAUGAUGCCGUGUGCUGCAGAGCUGGGACCCGUCAGCAAACUUGGUCAGAGAUUUGGAACGUAUCAGGCAGUUAUUGGAUUUGCGAGCUUGACGAGUCUGCCAAUUCAAGGGGCCCUUAUUCCGUACGAUGAUGGUGGCUUCACUUACCUCAUAAUAUUUUCUGGGAGCAGCGUUCUAUGCGGUACUGUAUUUAUUUGUAUUGCAAGAAUGCUGCGAGUGGGUUGGAAUUGGAAGGGAUAGAUUGGUGGAAGAUGGCAACCAGGUG